CAGGAAAUACGGUAAGCGCGAAACCCAGAGGAAGCUCUGUGCCUGGAAGGGACCCGCCGCCAUCUCAGGUCUCGGCCUCGCCGGGCCCACUGGAGAGAGCUGACGCCCAGUCCUAUAAUCCUUAUGGGGGACCAACCUUGUGCCUCCGGGAGAUCCACGCUCCCUCCUGGAAACACGCGGGAAACCAGGCCUCCAAAAAAGCGCUGCCUCCUAGCACCACGGUGGGAUUAUCCGGAAGGAACUCCCAACGGAGGUAGUAACCCUCUCCCCUCCGCACCUUCUCCUGCAUCACCCGGACUGAAGUCGCACCCUCCUCCUCCGGAGAAGUAGUAGAAUAUACUUCUCACAUCGCAAACCAGUCUCAGAGGGAUUGGAGAAUGACUCCAUUUCCUUGGUAUAUUCAUAAAAUGGUUCACCCAGUGAGGACAAUGAAGAUUAUGGACACUGCUGCCCUGCUUUUUCUGAUGUCCUGCACCAGAAAUCCUGUUAUGUUUCCUGCUCCUGAGAGCAAUGGCUAAAUUAAGAAGAGGUCACAUACCAUCCAGGGC